AUGUCAGAAACAACAAUGACAACAUCGUCAACAGUGGUGGACACAUUAUUGACUACAACAGCAAUAAUUGCAUUAGAGACGACAACAACAGCUGGAUCUGUCGACACUACCGAAGCACCAACGACGAUGGAGACUACAUUUUCUACUGUGCCUACAACACAGUCAAUGGAUGCCACCACGACUGGAAACACAGAGCAAUUAACUACUGUGGCUACCUCUACUGUCUCCCCGGUUUAUGGGUGUUUGAACACUACUUUGUGUCCGGCUAAUUUUUCGGGUACCAUGGAAAUAGCAUGCGACAACUUCACAAAGAGCGCGCAGUGCGAAGACGGCUGGUUAAUCUUUCUAAAACGGACCAGCGAAGAUCUCAAUUUUAACAGAACUUGGGCGGAUUAUAAGACCGGAUUCGGAAACUCUACAGCGGGAGACUAUUGGCUUGGACUGGAGGUUCUCAGCCAAAUCACCAAUUCUCAAAACAGCAACGCAACUUUAAAAGUUGACAUGGUCGCUCUUCCCAGUAGCGCCAUCUAUAUCCAAUACAGCCUCUUUCGCGUCGCGGAAGAAGAGGCAAAUUACGGUCUGUACCUAGGUGGCUAUUCAGGUAACGUCACGCAAGACAGUUUUGCUAAUAUCACCCAGGGGUUGGCAUUUUCGACUUUCGAUCGAGACAAUGCCGCUAACACUGGAUCCAGCUGUGCCUUGAGUAACGGAGGUGGCUGGUGGUAUGAAAACUGCGCCAAAGCCCAAUUCACCGCCCACUAUUCACGAGACAGUAUAUGUCGGUCGGACGUGCACCGCUGUAUAAGAUACGAAGGCACUGCAGCAGCGGGUGUGAACUGCGGGUUAACGUGUAUGCUGAGUUCGGCCUUAAUGAAAUUAAGACUGUGA